UCGGGUCAAACCCCCGUCUCUCUCUCUCUCGAGCGAUGGGAAGAUGAGAUUGAGUGAAGAGAAGAGAAAAGGCGAUAUCUUUCAGAAGAAAUUGCAGGCGCCGAUCCAAACGUAGGAAGGGAAAAAACGUUCCUUCUUAACUGAAAAAGAUUCCAUCUUUUUUCUUUCUUUCGGCCCAAAUUGCCCCUACCUCUGACACCUCCACUCCUUCCAAAUCAGGGGUUUUGAUUGGAAUUAGGGUUUUUGUUUUUCCCUCUUCUCCCCUUUUUAUAGGGGCAGCCAAUGCCAUUUGUAACGGUGUCGGACGAUUUUUCGGCGAUUUUUGAAGGACCGGAAAGCGGGAUCGAUGUCGUGGGCGGGAGCGGAAGAUAUCUUUCUCUCUACGUCUCUUGCCAGCUAUCUUGAUAAGAAGCUUCUCGUUUUGUUACGAGAUGGGAGAAAGCUUUUGGGGGUUCUUCGUUCCUUCGAUCAAUUUGCAAAUGCCGUUCUUGAAGGUGCCUGCGAGCGAGUGAUCGUUGGAGAUCUGUAUUGUGAUAUUCCCCUUGGUUUAUAUGUUAUUCGUGGGGAGAACGUUGUCCUAAUUGGCGAGCUGGACCUGGAAAGGGAGGAGCUUCCAGCGCAUAUGACUCGUGUUUCAGCAGCAGAGAUAAAAAGGGCACAAAAAGCCGAGAAGGAUGCAACAGAUCUGAAAGGCUCAAUGAGAAAGAGGAUGGAGUUUCUGGAUUUGGAUUGAUACAGGUAUCACCUGCCCCAAGCAAGCCCUCACCCUGCCAUUUUGGUGAGUUUAUAAUGCCAUGUUGCCCGCAAAUAUUUAUCGCGGUUGGUGUCAGGGAAGACCAGAAUGGGUGUUUGUUUCUCUUUCUGCCCAUCGUCUGUCUGUCAUUGAAAAUUGAAAUCCUUCCAAAAAACAAACUUUCCCCAGAUUACAUUUUGUAACAGUUGUCUCUGAUGAGUUAUCAUUUAUUAUUAUGGUGGUGGAGGAUGUAGUGUGAUGUUUGGCCAA